AUUAAAAUAGCCUGAUUAGCCCAAUUCGAAAUAGGGGUUCGAAUGGUAUUGGGCUAGGGCAUCUUGGAGGGUUUUAUUAGCUAUAAAACUCCUUCUUUCCUCCUCUUAUAAAUAGGGCUAUAUAGACCCACGAAUUUUAAGAGUUAAAAUUCACUUCUAAAACCUAGAGUAGAGAGGAAGAAAGAAGAGAACGCUAGCACGUUCCUUGUGGCCGAUCCAAUCACGUGCGUGUGGAUACCGGUAGAGCUCGGGAUCGUUUUCUCGGACUGCCUGACAUCCUUGAUUAAGAUUGCUAUUUCAUCCUGAACUAUAAUAUGCAUGGUCUUGAGAAGACCUUAACCGAAUUGCAUGGAAUGCUGAACUCCGCUGAGCAAAACAUCAAGAAAAAUCGGAGUGACGUUUUGAUGAUCAAAAAGAAAAAGGGAUUCAAGAAGCCUGGAAAAGGCAAGGUUGGUGGAAACAAGAAAUCCAAAACUCUGGUUAAGAACUCGGGUAAAGGCAAAUCUGUUGCCAGCUCUAAUUCUAAAGAAGAGCAAAAAUGUUUCCACUGCAACAAAACCGGUCAUUGGAAGCGGAAUUGCAAGGCGUAUUUGGAAGAACUGAAAAGAAAGGGGCAUGGUGAUGCUUCCAAUUCAGGGACUGACAAGGAGUAGAAGGAUGGCUAAAGGUGAAGUUGACCUACGAGUAGGCAACGGUGCAAAAGUUGCAGCAUUAGCAAUAGGAACAUUUACUUUAAGUUUGCCCACGAGCUUAGUUUUAGAACUUGAUAAUUGUUAUCAUGUACCUGCCAUUAGUAGGAAUAUAAUUUCUAUUUCUUGUUUGGACAAGAAAAGAUUUCAUUUUAUAAUAAAGGACAACACUUGUUCUAUUUAUUUUAAUGAGAUCUUUUAUGGUAGUGCUAGUCUUAU